AUGGUUACACGCAGCAAAAAUGGAGUGUUCAAACCCAAGCUGUACUCCUCAACUAUCAGUGGUGAAUCUGCGUGCCAGAAUAGUAGCGAUAUGAGUGAGGUUGAACCUCAAAAUAUUCAUGAAGCCUUCAAGGAUCCGUUGUGGAAGGCUGCUGUGCUUGCUGAAUAUGAAGCACUUCAGAGGAAUAAUACAUGGUCGGUUGUCCGUCUACCAGAAGGAAGAACUGUAGGUGGCUAUUUCGAGUCAAGCGUAAUGUUGAUGGCUCGAUACAAAAAUAUAAAGCCAGACUUGUUGCUAAAGGAUUCUCACAAGUGCCUGGUAAGGAUUUUCAAGAACGUUCCCCUGUUGUAA